UUUUUAUUUGUGCUAAAAGUUUUUGUGUUAAAAGACAACACCAACGAUGCUCAAGUGGGCUGUCAACCAGCCGCGUCCUUCCUACCUGGGCGCAGCCACAGGCAAAGCAACUGAAACUGAAACUGGAAAUGCCACCGCUAUAGAAGUGGAAGCUUCCAGAGCUGGCAGAGCCUUGAACGAGGACUACAGCGACUUGCAGGCCACUCCCAUUCCAACGCCAACGAUUCGGCUCAAGCUCAAGCGCCAUUCGCUGCUCCUCAGCAGAGACAAGGAGAACCAACUGACCUCCACGCCAUUGCCCGCCGCCUCUGCCUGCCCCUGCGCCUGCGCCUUUCCACGUACGCCGCUCCUGCGAGAUCUGAGCAACAUCAUGUCCCCACUGCAGAUGCAGACUCCUCCUCCCAGUCAAAGUCACAGUCGAGUGCGCAGUCAGCUGAAGCUGAAGCCUUCCACAGUCUACGCCUCCACGCUGCCCACCUUCGAGGCGGAGUACUCGCCGAGCUACAGGCCCAGCGACACUCCCACGAAUGCGCCCAUUCCUGGUCCUCUCCUCGCGCUACGUGGCAUGGGCAUCCCGGACAGUUACUUUGAGAAACCGCGCUAUCUGGAACAGAAGCCGCUCAUCCCAGUCCCAGUUCCAGUCUCUGUUGAGGCGAAGGCCGUUCCUGCAGCUACUCCAGCUGGCCAUCACCAGGCCACGCUCAGCUCCAGCCAAAUGGGCGAUGUCACCUUGGAGCGCAUGAUCGAUGCCAUACUGGAGAGCACGCGCAAGCCUCCAACCAAGGCGGGAGCACUACGAUCCCGACAGCGUCUCCACCAACGACAGCGACUGCGUGGAGGCGGAGGCCAACGCCAGCGUCUCGUCUCGCCCACCGCCACCCACUCACCCACCUAUCGACCCGCCUUCGAUCCGGCCAGCGAUCUCUGCGAGUACUGGCAGCAGCCGCCGCCGCUAGGAGCAGCCUCCAACUCUCCCUCGCUGAAUCUGAAUCUGAAUCCGAAUGUGUAUGAAGAGCGUGAGGUGCGCUCUCCGCAAGCGUCCAAGCUCCGCUCCUCUGUCUCACUCCAGUUGCAGUUGCGCAGGCAACGUGGAGUGCGGCGCAAGCGCAAGAUUGCCACGAAGAUCUCGUCGAGCGUGCGGCAUUCGGCGCAGAAGCUGCUGGCGGCCGCCUCUCGCUCCGCCCAGAAGUUGCCGCAGUCACACGCUCCCCGCUCCUCUCGCCACAUAAGUCCGGACAGUGGGCAUAAUUCGACAAGCGACUGCGACUUGGAGGAGGAGCCACUGGGUGGUGAAGCUUACGUUGUGGAUGCGGCCAUCAAGCGGCGACUGAGUUUUUCCUUUCACGAAGAAGAGUUUGUAGAGAAAUGAAGUCAAGUUUAUGUAUUUUUUUGUAGC